AUGGGAGACGUCGUCAUCUCGGCUCCGACGUUCCACCGCCGCGCAGCCCGUCUAUUCGACCGCUGGGAGGCGAAGGAGGAGGACUCGGCUCCUCUCGGCGACGUCGAGUAUGUGUUGGUUGUGGCGGGGAACUCGGACGAGGAGAACCCGUAUCGCAAGGGUAGCGCUCUCCAGACGCACCUCCUCGGUUACGAGUUCCCGAGUACCCUGAUGCUGCUCGGCAAGCGGAAGGUCCAGUUCGUCGUCUCCGCGUCGAAGGCCAAGCUCUUGCAGCCCCUUCUCAAGGCGCCAAGCGGGUCGGACGACAAGAAGGUCGAGGUCGAGAUCUUGACGCGCUCGAAGGACGAGGCGGAGAACAAGAAGCUGUUCGAGCAGGUCAUCCAGACGAUCGGCGAAGGGAACAAGGUCGGCGUCCUUCCCAAGGACAAGAUGUCGGGCAAGUUCGUCACGGAGUGGCAGAACGUCCUCAAGGGGUCGGGCGCGGACCUGAAGGAGGUCGACGUUGCGAACGGCGUGUCGACUUUGCUUGCUGUCAAGGAUUCGGAGGAACUGCAAAACGAGCGCAACGCCGCCAAGAUGACGAACAAGCUCAUGAGCCACUUCAGCGACGUCAUGUCGGGCUACAUCGACGAGGGCAAGAAGGUCACGCACGAGCAGCUCGGCGAGCAGAUCGAGGCGAAGCUCGAGGACAGCAAGUUCUGGAAGAACCUCAAGCUGGGCGACGACUUCGAGACCGGCUUCGGUGAUUGGUGCUACUCGCCGAUCAUCCAGUCGGGCGGCAACUACGACCUCAAGUCGUCCGCCGUCACCGACGACCAGCGCCUCAAGGCGGGCGUCAUCCUCUGCUCGCUCGGCAUCCGCUACAAGUCCUACUGCAGCAACGUCGGACGGACAUUCAUGAUCGACCCGACCAAGGACCAGGAGAAGAACUACCUCUUCCUCAUCGACUUGCAGAAGCACGCGAUCGGCGAGCUCCGCGACGGCGUGACCUGCAAGGACGUGUACCAGAAGGUCGUUGACAAGAUCAACGCCGACCGGCCCGACCUCCUGCAGUACUUCGCCAAGACCGCCGGCUUCGGAAUGGGCAUCGAAUUCCGCGACCCCGCCUACCCGCUCUCGGCGAAGGGCACGCGCCAGCUCAAGAGCGACAUGGUGGUUGCACUCACGCUCGGCUUCAACAACAUUCCGGAUGGCAAGAACUCCCAGUACGCCCUCUCCCUCAUCGACACGAUUCAGAUCGGCAAGGACGGUGGCAAGAUCCUGUCGGAAGGCAUGAAGGGCAAGGACGACGUCAUGUUCUACAUGGAGGAGGAGGACAAGAAGCCGUCACGCUCCGCCCAGAGAGACGCCCCCACCCGCCGCAAUGCCGCCCCCACCGCUGUCGUCAAGUCGAAGCUUCGCAACGAAAACCGCGAAAUCGAUGCCGACGCCAUCAACCGGCGCAAGCAGCAUCAGCGCGAGCUCGCUGCGCGGAGGCAGGAGGAGGGGCUCGACAAGUACUCGGGCGAGGGCGGGACGGGCGGCAACAACCGCGAGAAGCAGUGGCGCCGUUUCGAGUCCUACGUCAAGGACAGCCAGCUGCCCGAUGCCGUCGCCUCUCAGAAGAUCGUCGUCGAUGCUCGCCGCCUCACCAUUAUCCUCCCCAUCAACGGUUUCGCCGUGCCCUUCCACGUCAACACCCUGAAGAGCUUGGUCAAGCAGGAGGAAGGCGACUACACCGUCCUUCGCUUCCUCUUCACAACGCCCGGCGCGAUCUCGGGCAAGAAGGAGGACACGCCGUUCGAGGACCCGAAUGCGACUUUCAUCCGCGGCUUGACGUACCGCAGCACCGACUCGUUCCGCUUCACCGAGUUGCACAAGGAGAUCAACGAUCUCAAGCGUGCGGCGGUCAAGCGCGAGAACGAGCGGAAGGAGAUGGCGGACGUCGUUGAGCAGGACAAGCUCGUCGAGAUCAAGGGCAAGCGUCCGAUCCGCCUUACCGAGGUUCAGCUCCGACCAUCCUUCGACGGCAAGCGGCAAGCGGGUGACGUCGAAAUCCACUCGAACGGUAUCCGCUACCAGUCCUCGGUCAAGUCGGAGCAACGCCUCGACGUCUUGUUUAGCAACAUCAAGCACCUGUUCUUCCAGCCCUGCGACAACGAGCUCAUCGUGAUCCUGCACAUCCACCUCAAGAGCCCGAUCAUGAUCGGCAAGAAGAAAACGAAGGACGUCCAGUUCUUCCGCGAGGUGUCGGACGCGUCCUUCGAUGAGACGGGCAACAAGAAGCGCAAGCGCAACUACCACGACGAGGACGAGCUCGAGGCCGAGCAGGACGAGCGCAAGCGUCGAGCGGACCUCAACAAGUACUUCAAGGCGUUCUCCGACAAGAUCGCGGAGGCUUCGAACGGACGCGUCGAGGUAGACAUCCCCUUCCGCGAGCUCGGCUUCCAGGGUGUCCCCUUCCGCUCCAACGUCCUUCUCCAGCCCACCACCGACACCCUCGUCUUCCUCACCGAACCGCCCUUCCUCGUCCUCACGCUCAACGAAAUCGAGAUCGCCCACCUCGAGCGCGUCCAGUACGGCUUGAAGAACUUUGAUCUCGUCUUUGUCUUCCGCGACUUUACCCGCACGCCCGUCCACAUCAACACCAUCCCGUCGAACCAGCUCGACACGGUCAAGGAGUGGCUUGACUCGGUCGACAUUCCGUUCUCGGAGGGACCGGUCAACCUCAACUGGCAGGCGAUCAUGAAGACGGUGAACGACGACCCGUACGACUUCUUCAAGGAGGGCGGAUGGGGCUUCCUCACGGAGAAGGACAACGCAUCCGAUGGCAGCGACGAGUCGGAAGAGGGGUCCGAAUUCGCGGCGUCGAGCGCAGAAGACGAGUCGGACUUUGAGGACGAGUCCGAGUUCUCCGACGCGUCCGACGACGACUCUGGCACGGCGGACGACCUCUCCGACUCGGGCGAGGACUGGUCCGAUGCUGAGGCGCGGUUGGAAAAGAAGGAGAAGAUGAAGGGGCGCGGGGACGACUCGGACGACGGGCGCAAGAAGAGCAAGUCGGCGGUCAAGAGCAAGUCGUCGAAGGGCAGGAAGUGA